CACAGCCUGCUGUCACAUGACCAAGCCCCGGUGGCUGAUGGGUAUUGAACAUGGCGGCGCCCUGCUCUGAACAUAUGGACUAUAAACAGGAGGUUUAACCAGACUAUUUGUAGCAAUGCCUCUGGUGGUCCUUUGUGGAUUUCCCUGCAGUGGGAAGACUCGUAGAGCCCAAGAGCUGCAGAAACAUCUAGAUGAAAGUGGGAGAAAAGUUCAUAUCAUUGGGGACUGUAUCCUUGAAUUGGAGAAGAAUGCCAUUUAUGCAGAUUCCAAAAAAGAGAAGGAGAUCCGUGGAGCUCUGAGAUCCGCCGUUGAAAGGCAGUUAAAUAAAGAAGAUGUUGUGAUCCUGGAUUCCCUUAACUACAUUAAAGGGUACAGAUAUGAGUUAUUUUGCCUGAUUAAACAUACACAAACUCCACAUUGUCUGAUUCAUUGCCUGACGGCCCCUGAGACCAGCUCCAAAUGGAACCAGCAACGAGACCAGAGUGAGCAGUACACCCAAGAAAUAUUUGAUGCUCUAGUUCAGAGGUUUGAAGCCCCCGAUUCCCGCAAUCGAUGGGAUAGUCCCCUCUUUACAGUACACGUCGACGACGAAUUGCCAUUUGAACAAAUCUGUAAUGCCAUCUUUCACCGAAAGGCACCACCACCCAACCAGUCGACCCAAACUCAACCACUCUCAUCAACAAACUUUCUCCAUGAACUGGACAAGGUCACCCAAGAUGUCGUUACAGCUAUCCUAAAUGCCCAGAAAACCAGUCUUCCUGGAGAUGUCAUCGUGGUACCUGGAGCCAGCGAGAAAAUAGAACUGCCACGGAUCUUAAACAUGUCCGAACUGCGAAGACUUCGCCAUCAGUUCAUCAGCUAUACCAAACUGCACCCCAAUGAAAACAUCUCCCAGCUUGCAAACAUGUUUGUGCAAUAUCUGAAUAAGAGUAUCCACUGAUCGGAGACCGGGAUUGGAUUCUGAAAGCGGAAUUCAGUUUGGCUGUAUUUUAAAACGAUGGCUGACCGUGGCAACUCCGAUAUUUCCCAAGAUGUUUAGCCAAUGUUGGAAUAUAAUGCCCCAGGGUGGUUGAUGUUUUUUGUCAAACUUUUAUUGACAAUCCUGGAUACACACGCCAAUGGCAUUGCUGUAUAUUUUAUGACUUUAUAGACUGAUAAUAUGUACAUCCACCAUCAACUCUAAAACAACACUUUGAUUAAUAAAUACACUGCUACAUUGUGAAAAACCCCA